AAGUUGAGGCAGACGCGACGCGUGCUCUAUUAGUAGUAAAACUGGCGAAAUAAAGUAAACAAACAAGUAAAUAAAAGCAUGGUUGCCUUGUUUGUUUCCUCUCGUCCGCAUCUGUCUGAGUUUCAGGCACACGAGAGAUCUUGUGGCAGACGUGACGCUAAUUUGAGGCAGACGCGACGCUUAUUAGCUGACUGGAUGCGUGGUUCAUACCAUUGCGGGGAGAACGGGUCGCUAAACUGCACCAUAUUACAUUGGCAGGCACUUAAAAGAUUGUCAGGUCGCGAGGCAGGCACGUAAAACAGUGGCAGGUCGCGAGGCAGGCACGUAAAACAGUGGCAGGUCGCGAGGCAGGAGUGACAGGUACGGUGACAGCUCCACCCGUCACGGAAAGAUUUUACUCCUACUGCAACCUUGGUAAGUUAGGAUUGCACUUCAUACCGGUGAGUUAUGGCUUCUAUUCCUAUUGUUGUUACUUGCACCUCAUGUCAUAUGUUUAGCUUAGCCUUCUCUGUCAGCGGCGAGGGUUUUACAUGUGAUAAAUGCAGGGAAGUAGUUAGGCUGACGGAGAAGAUCUUAGAAUUAGAGUCUCGCAUCCAAUCUUUAUUUGAGGAUAUGGAUUUGAGUGUUAGGACCGUAGAAAACACUUCGGAUGCGAGCAAUGUUAGCGCACACAGCUCGGUUCCGGUUGAAAAUCCCCUGCAGCUGGGAAACUUUGUGACGGUGAGACGGCAUAGUCGCAGGACAAAACAUCACUCAACCGUUCCGAUUAAAGUCUCGAACAGGUUUGCCCCACUCAGUGACGCACCGACUGAGAAACCUGCUGAAAGUGCCCUAGUGAUCGGUGAUUCUAUUGUCCGGAACGUUAAUAUAAAGACACCAGCCACCAUAGUCAAAUGUUUACCGGGAGCCAGAGCGCCUGACAUCAAGUCAAAUUUAAAUGUGCUGGCUAAGGCUAAUCGUAAAUACAGUAAGAUUGUUAUUCAUGUCGGCACAAAUGAUGUUAGACUCCGUCAAUCGGAGAUCACUAAAGAUAAUAUUAAAGAGGUGUGUGAGCUCGCGAGCACGAUGUCAGACACUGUAAUAUUCUCUGGCCCCCUUACUGCUUACCGUGGUGAUGAGAUUUAUAGCAGAUUAUCAUCACUAAAUGGCUGGUUGUCUGAGUGGUGCCUGCAGAAUAAUAUAGAUUUUAUAAAUAACUGGAAGAGUUUUGAGGGCAGACCUGACCGGUUGAAACGAGAUGGUCUCCAUCCCUCCUGGGAUGGGGUUUCCCUCCUCUCUAGAAAUUUGGCACACAGUCUUAAUAAUGCUAAAGUCUGACUACCUAGGGCCCAGGUCAGGAAGGAGACAGAAUGGCUUAACCAACUGUCUGCUUGCCGUCUCGCGUUACAGAAUACACAAAAUAUACAACAUGUAAUAAUCCCUUUUUACAAACAACAUAAAAUAGAGACUGUGU